AUGAACAUAAAGAAAUUCUUAUUGAUUUACUUUAUAUACAUAUUCUUAGUAAUUACAAGAAGAGAAUAUUCUCUAGCUCAGAUAGCAACAAUACAAGGCUCUGCAAAUAUUGGAGUUACUAAUCCUUACAGUUUUGGACUUAAUUAUACAGAAGGUGAAUAUUAUCCUCUUAUAGAUGGAGAUAUUUGGCCUAUGAAUCAUAUUGUUUCUGUUGGAGGUAAUAUUACCUCAGAUGGUUUCUCAGUUAUACUAUAUACUGCAAAUCCAAAUGCAAUAGAGUUGUAUAUAGAAGGAAAUUUAUUCAAUAAACAAAUAUAUCGCUCAUGCUUUUAUAAUAAUUAUCGCUUAAGACUUUUAACUGUUGGAUCUAUACUUCAACCUAGGAUAUAUAAAUGGCCAUUUAUUAAUUCUUGGCAACUUUAUAUUCAAAGACAAGAAUAUGGUUUUGCUAUAGCUACCCAAUUUGGUUAUUCUGAACAACUAUUUUGGAGAAGAUGUCUUAAUGAACCUGUAGUUGCUGUAAAAGUUAUAUCACCUGGUUCAUUUAUUUCUGCAGAUGCUGUUGAUUGUGUGGUUUCAGAAUGGAGUGCCUGGUCACCAUGUAGCUCUACUUGUUAUAUUGGAAGUAAAUACAGAAUAAGGUUGGUAAUAAGACCUCAAACUUUUACAGGUGCACCCUGUCCACCUUUAAUUGAUACUCAAGGUUGCAAUUUGAAUAUUUUAUGUAAUGAUUGCACUUAUUCAAUGUGGUCUGAAUGGUCAUUAUGUAGCAACACUUGUUCAGGUGGAUAUCAAAGUAGAACUAGAAAACUUAUUUGGCAAUCUGAUAUAACAGCACCUUGUGACUUAUCUAGUUCAGAAACACAAGUUUGUAAUACUCAAGAUUGCCCUAUAAACUGUCUAGUAUCUGAAUGGCUAUCUUGGAGUUUGUGUUCAACUACUUGUGGAACUGGUGAAAGAACUAGAUCUAAAUUAAUUCUUCAAAAUGCACAACUAGGAGGAUUAUCAUGUCCUAGUAGUUCAGAAUUAAUAGAUACUGUACCCUGUACUGUUAGAGAAUGUUUUAAAAUGUGUGAUAUCAAAGGUAUAUGUAAAAAUGGAGCUACUUGUAUUGAUUUACCUGAUGAUGACUUUGCUUGUAAUUGUACUCACAAUUAUUAUGGUCAAACAUGUGAAUAUGAAAAGUAUAAAUGGUGGGUAUAUUUUUUAGUUAUUAUUGCAACGGAAGUUAUAAUUGUUGGAAUUAUUAAGCUUACAAUAUUAAACCCUCCAUCAUACAGUAUAAGUGAUACUCCCUAUCAGUAUAUACAUGAUAAUGCAGAAGUUAAUAAUGAAACAUUUAACUAUAACGCAGAUACUAGUAGAAUUAUUUAG